AUGGACAGAGCCAAUCACCCGUGUUUUGUUGUUCGCUGCAGCAGCAACUGCAGCAGUAGCAAUGCGCAGCAGCAGCGCUCUGAGCCUCUCAACUGCAGCAGCAGCAGCAGCAGCGACAGUAGCAGCAAACGCCACGGCUGCAGUUUGUCCUGUGCCUGCGGAGAGCAGCAAAUCGGGCUCUACACCAACAGCAGCAGCAGCAGCAGCAGCAGCGCGGGGUCUCUCGGCCAGCACCAGCAAAGCCUUCUUAAGAACCAGAAGCCCUGCAAUUAG